AUGACUCAACUACUCGCUGUACUACUACUGGCCAUCAUUAUCUUUUUACUGAACGGAGUUUGGGGGUAUCGAUACGUCCAUGAUGCCACUGUUGCACAAAUAGCCAAUACCGCAUAUUCAUUCCUCUACUUCUAUAAGGAUAACUGUCGGUUUUGUCUGCAAUUUGAACCUACAUUUGAGUAUUUGGAUGGACAACUAGGUAGGAGUGGCCUUUCAAUAUAUAAGGUUGAUGGGAAAGCCAAUACCCAACUCACUCUGAUGUUUAAGGUGGAUAGCUUUCCUUCUGUUCGUAUUUACGACAUUAAUCAGAUGAGAUUCUUUGUCUAUAACUCCACAGACAGAUCCAUUGCAUCCUUGACCGAGUUUAUUGAGUCCUAUACACCAUUCAAAGUAGGAGAUUUUAUCCCUCCACUGAAUGUGGCCUAUGAUACUGAAAAGAUUAUACCUAAUACCAUCGUCUUUACCACUUCAGUCUACUUUGAUGAUUUUAAGGACCCCUUGCAUUACAUUUAUAACAUUGCUAGGGAAUUUCCUGACAAGAAGCUUUGCGUGAAUAACAUUGAAGCCACUGAAACAACUGAAUGGUGGAAAGCUUUAGGUGCACGCACCAAAUUUCCAUCUAUUACCGUAGUGGAUUCCAAGGGCCGUUAUAGAAUGUUAACUGGUGAUCAUUUAACUGAAGAUGAGGUGAGAAAGUUCAUUUCAAAGUCUGAUAAGGCCACAGAUUGGACUAACGUUGGCGAAAGCAACUUGGACGAAUUUGAAGUGGACGACGACGAAGAAGAUCUUGAUAUUCAUGAUGAAUUGUGA